CUACGUUGACGCGGAAAGCCUCGCGUUGUUUAUAAACAUCGCCGCCCGGCGAGCAGAUCCAGGGCUGAUUUCGAGAGAGGAUGGCGAGAGCCCCACAGGUCGCCGAGGGCUGCAGCUGCUUCUGGCUGCCUUUUAUCUCCAUGGUGCUGGGAGGCUUCGAGGUGUCCGCUGAGCGUCUGGCCGUGCUCGAAGUCUUCCUGCAGUCGGAGCCCCGGCUCGGCUACAAGCUGCAAGGCGCGAUGAUGGAAGCGUCACCGGGGAGCCAGAGCGAAGAGAUCGCCGGCAACCUUCUGCUGGUUAAGGAGGACCCCUCAGUAAGUGCUGAAGAAGGAGAGCCUUGGAUCGGAGUAGUGCCUGUCGAGAUGGAACAGGCUGAGACCCAGACGAGUAAUCAGGAAUCUUUUGCGGCCUCUGUUGUCAGCAAGAUGAAGCGAGCUCUGGUUUUGGGAGCCUCGGCCCUCCUGAUUCUGGCUUUGAACCAGAACACCAUCAGAGAGAUGGACCUGUCCCAAGUGCUUUCCAAGCCCAUCAUUGUGAUCCAGACAUCAGAAAAUGUCACGAAGCUUAUUGGCGCCCUUUUACGAGGUCUCCGAGCAACUGCAAAGAUCACAUACAAAACCAUCUUGCAGGACAAUCUGGGGGCAACGCUGACUCUGUGGUCAAGCUGCGGCCGAUCCAGAGGAGGGCAAUACGGAGAGUGGCAGGGGGUAAUCUGCACAGGAGAGACCAACUCGCAAGUGCAGAAAUGUCUCCAGCAGCUCUGGAACACCGUCCUGUGGGCCCUGCUUAUCCUUUGCACUGGCGUCGUCGUCCAGGCCCACUGGCAGUAUCGGCUUGAGCAGCUCAGUGAGCACUCUGAGCUGUACCCCAAACAAGAUGUCGUCAACUGCCUGGCAGCACUGAAGAUCAAAAAAUAUCACCGGCCGAAAAAGAAGUGUGAAAAGACGCUGAGGGGAGAGGCCGAGAACUGUGCCGUGUGUCUGGAGCAGUUCAACAACAACCAGCGUCUCCGUGUCCUGCCCUGUUUGCACGAGUUUCACCAGGACUGCGUGGAUCCCUGGCUUCUCCUGCGCCAGACCUGCCCGCUUUGCAAGCGCAGCAUCCUGGGCAACUUCUCCACUUCAACUGCUCUCCCUGCCAGCUGAGGUGCAGAAAUGGGAGCCUCUCCAGGGCCACAGUGACCUAAUUUUAAAAGCUAAUAGCUAGAAAUGUGACAAUUGGGAACACGCUUUAUUUAUGCAAAAAAAAAAAAAAGAAAUGGUCUCCUGCGGCUAAGCGAGGUUUGGAAUAUUCAUUUUGUCCCUGCUCUGUGUCCGUGGACAAAGGAACAAGAUGUGAAUAUGGCUGCCGCGUCAGGCCUGGAGCUGGCGAAUUGGCAGUGCGUUCAAAGCUGGGGUGCAAGAAGCAGCAGGGAAGCAAACGUCUGUCCUCAGCAGGAAACAUUCAGUACGCCUCCUGUGUUAAAGAACUUAGUUCACAGGUAAGAAAAACCAGUCAGAAUGUACAAUUGUAACAUUGAAAUCUAUUUUGUACAGAAAUUACAUUGUUGGUGAUGAAAAUAAUUUUUUAAAUUUGAGCUUCUAAUUACACAGAAAAGUAAAAAGUCCUUCCAAUGUAAA